CUUGUAAUGGCGGCGCCAGACAAUCCAUCAAACGCUGUGGAAUGGGCCAUGGCGGAGAUGGUAAACAAACCGGAGAUUCUCCGUAAAGCAAUGGAAGAGAUCGACAGAGUGGUCGGAAAAGAAAGACUCGUUCAAGAAUCCGACAUCCCUAAACUAAACUACGUCAAAGCUAUCCUCCGUGAAGCAUUCCGUCUCCAUCCCGUCGCGGCCUUUAACCUCCCACACGUGGCACUUGCCGACACAACCGUCGCCGGAUAUCACAUCCCUAAAGGAAGCCAAGUCCUUCUUAGCCGAUAUGGGCUAGGCCGUAACCCGAAAGUUUGGGCCGACCCACUUAGCUUUAAACCGGAGAGACAUCUCAACGAAUGCUCCGAAGUCACUUUGACUGAGAACGAUCUUCGGUUUAUCUCGUUUAGUACCGGAAAAAGAGGUUGCGCU